CGUAAAAGUCCAAUACAAUGGCCGUCUGUCGCUUAGCCGUUGAGUUUCAGUUUCCGCUCCAUAUCGGAAUUCUACAUGUUCUAGUGAAAAAGCCCUAGAAUCUUCGACUGACCUCUCUCUUCACAGAGCCGAUCGACUCAAUCGCGCCAUGAGCGACUCUCUGAGCCCUUCCUCAGAUGAUUCGGCGUCGAUCGCUUCCGCAGAUCAGAAUGUAGGGAGAAGUCGAAGAAGCGGCGAUGGUAGUCACGGUCUCGGUCGCAGUCAUACAGUGACUACCGAGCCGUUGAGGCAUUGGAGGGAUGUGUUCUGGUUGACUGUAUUUAUUGUGCAUUUGAUCGGUUUGGGGUUGAUUCUGGCGGUUCUUGGACUCAAUAGGUUUAGGAAAACGGAUAGGCUUAAAAUUGAUAGGUUCACCACCAGACUUUCUGAGAAUAGUAAGGGCUUGACGGAGAAUUAUUGGCCGCUCUAUGCUGUUGCUGGCGGAGUUGGGACGUUUCUUGGAUGGGCAUGGUUAUUGCUGCUCGGUUCUCGUGCCAAUCAAAUGAUGAAGGUUUCUGUCCACAUUUUGACCACUUAUCUUGCGGUUAUUAGCGUCCUGUGUUUCUGGGGUGAACAGUUUUUCUGGGGGGUUGCUUUUGCUAUUGGCGCUGCUCUGCAAUUCUUGUAUGUCAUAUCGGUUAUGGAUAGACUUCCAUUUAGCAUGCUGGUGCUCCAAAAAGCUGUGAAGUUGGUAUGGAAUCUCCCAGAAGUUAUGAGAGUGGCAUAUGCAUUCAUGCUGGUCAUGCUUUUAUGGAUGGCAAUAUGGUCUUUUGGAGCAUCAGGUGUUGUGGCUUCAAGUAUAGGUGAUAGUGGACGCUGGUGGCUUCUUGUGGUGUUCUCGGUGAGCUUAUUUUGGACAGGUGCAGUCCUUUGUAAUACUGUACAUGUUAUUGUGUCUGGAAUAGUGUUUCUUGUUCUCAUCCAUGGUGGUCCAGAGGCUGCACCAAUGCCUCCCAAUUCAUUGAUGAAGUCUCUACGAUAUGCUGUGACAACAUCUUUUGGCAGCAUCUGCUAUGGAUCAUUGUUUACAGCUGCAAUAAGGGCAUUGCGAUGGGAGAUUAGGGGAUUCCGGUCUAAGAUUGGCAACAAUGAGUGUUUGCUUUGUUGUGUUGAUUUCCUGUUCCAUCUUGUGGAGACCCUUGUCCGGUUUUUCAACAAGUAUGCCUAUGUUCAGAUAGCUGUUUAUGGAAAAAGCUUUAAUCACUCAGCGAGGGAUGCUUGGGAAUUAUUCCAAUCAACUGGUGUUGAAGCACUCAUAGCCUAUGAUUGUUCAGGUGCUGUGCUACUGAUGGGCACCGUUCUGGGUGGGCUUAUUACAGGAACUUGCUCAGGAGUCUGGACAUGGUUUAGGAAUAGCGACAGAGUGAUUAUGGUGGGAUCUACUGCUAUGUUGAUGGGAAUGAUCCUGGUGGGACUUGCAAUGGUUGUGGUGGAAAGUGCUGUUACAUCCAUAUACAUUUGCUAUGCAGAAGACCCCUUAUUGAUCCAUAGAUGGGAUGCUGAGUUCUUCAACCAGAUGUCAGAGACGCUGCACCAGCGUCUCCAGUAUAGGAGCGCCCGGGUCAGGGAAGUAUUAUCUCAAAAUCAGCUCGACGGCCACAUCCAAGAAUCAAUUCCUGUGUGAAUAAUUAUACUCUUGUUUAGAAAACGCAUAAUGUUUUCAAUCUUAAUUUAUUCAUCCAAAAUAUAUGAAGAAGAGCGUUUGUCCGUUCCAGUUUUGUUUGAACUCUUCACCAUUGUUAUGAUUUUUGUUCUUUCCC